AUGGCUGGAACUGACGGGAAGAAGAGAAAGAGGGCGAGGGAUGAGAGGGAGGAUGUGGCGGCCAAGAGCCAGAAGAUUGGGGGAGAUGUGAAUGUUACUUAUCUUGAACCCGAGGGCUUACAUCCGGUGCUGCUAUCUGCGCCAGGCCUCAUCACCCCAUCACUCCCCUUCCACGCCUACUCCAAGCCAAAAUCCACAAAAUCAACAAAAUCAGCAGGCAACCUACCCAAACCCACCACCCACCACCUCACCCUCCACUCCUCCCACCACCAACGAGUAGACUACACCGCCACUCCGUCCACCACCGACCAACACCUAACCCACUACCUCGGCAUCUUCGACCCCACAACCAGCACCCUCCAAUUAGUCCCUUCCCACCACCUAACCCUCCACGCCAUCCCCCGCAAAAACGACCCCACCCCGUCCGACCGAGCAGCCAAACAACGCAAAACCUACACCUCCCAACGCGAAGCCCUGGGCCGCGAAUUCGGCACCAAGAAAGCCCAGAAAAUCCUCGACAGCCGCACCGUCAACGCCAUCAUCGCCCCGACACCCAAAGGCAAAGGAAAAACCUCAGACGUCCAAGAUGCGAUCCUCGACUCCAUCGCCGAGAACACCACCCCUGCUGGCAACCGAGAGGAGAUGGAACAGGAUCUCCUCUCCUCCAAACCCAUCCCCCGCCCGAAUCUACAAGCCGAGACAGUAGAGGACGUCUACCCCUUCAGCACCCUCAUCCCGGCCUCGGACCUCCGCCUAAUCCCCACGGAAGACUGGCUCGACGCCGUACACUCGGGCGAAGCAAUCCUCUUCUCCCACCGCUUCCCCGCCAAACGCGUCGAAGGCAUAGCCAAGUCUGAAGACAUGGAGAAGUUGAAAGCGUUGCGGUAUAUGACGCUCUUACUGGAGUUUCAUGAUGUGCUGCAGACGGCUGGGCGGGGCGGGAAGAAGGUGCCCAAGAAGGAAGUCAUGGGGCAGAAAUUGGGAGGUUGGCCGGGACAGUUGGUGGAGAGCGUGAGGCGGUUGUUUGCCAAUGAGAGGGGGGAGUUGGGGAAGUGGGAGUUGGAGCGGUUGUGGUGUUGGGUUUGUGCGUUGGGGUUGUUUGUUAGUGAGGGGUGGCGGAUGGAGAUGAGUGAUCUCAAGCUCGACCUCAAAAUGGAGAAUAAACAGCUCGCGCAGUACUUUGUCGAACUCGGGGCGAAAGUCUCCGCGCCGUCGGAAAAGGAUCGGGAGGCCUUUGGGAUGAGCAAGGCGCAGGCUAGUGUUUCCCGUGUGGCGAGGUUGAGGUUGCCGUUGGAGUUUCCCAAGGUUAGGAGUGGGAGGAGGCGGUAG